GGCAAAGUGGUCCCCAGGGCCAGGACACCAAGGCUGGCCAGCGAUGUUGUGUCAGGUGCGCAAGGAAUCCCAGAAGUGUACAAGACGGAAGAGUCUGCUGAAGGUGAGGGUCAUGGACUUUAUUACCUCCACGGCCGUCCUGCCCCUGCUGUUUGGCUGUGUGGGAGUCUUCAGCCUCUUCAAGCUGCUGCAGCGGAUGCGCACGAGCGCCUACCUGCGGAACGCUGUGGUGGUCAUCACCGGUGCUACCUCAGGCCUGGGGCGAGAAUGCGCCAGAGUCUUCUACACCGCGGGUGCUAAGCUGGUGCUCUGCGGCCGAAACCGGGAGGCCCUGGAAGAGCUCACCGAAGAACUUACUGCUUCUCUGGCCACCCAGGUGCAGACACACCGGCCUUACACGGUGACCUUUGACCUCGCCGACCCUGGGGCCAUUGUCGCAGCGGCGGCGGAGAUCCUGCAGCGCUUCGGCCACGUGGACGUGCUCCUCAACAACGCCGGCAUCAGCUACCGCGGCGCCAUCGUGGACACCGCCACGGACGUGGAUAAGAAAGUCAUGGAGACGAACUACUUUGGCCCAGUUGCUCUAACAAAAGCACUCCUGCCCUCCAUGAUCAAAAGACGACAAGGCCACGUUGUUGUGAUCAGCAGCAUCCAGGGCAAAAUCAGCAUUCCCUUCCGAUCAGCAUAUGCGGCCUCCAAACAUGCAACCCAGGCAUUCUUUGACUGUCUUCGUGCCGAGGUGGAGCAGUAUGAGAUCCAGGUGACUGUCCUCAGCCCUGGCUACAUCCACACCAAUCUCUCUCUCCGUGCCGUCACUGCCGACGGGUCCACAUACGGAGUUAUGGACAAGACCACGGCCCAGGGCCGGAGCCCUGUGGAGGUGGCCCGAGAUGUUCUGGCUGCCGUGGGGAAGAAAAAGAAGGAGGUGAUCCUGGCCGACCUGUUGCCUUCCUUGGCCAUUUAUCUGCGAACUCUGGCUCCUGGGCUCUUCUUCAGCCUCAUGGCCUCCAGGGCCAGAAAGGAGCGGAAGUCCAAGAACUCCUAGUGGCGCGUCCGAGCUGGGCUAGGGAGCAGCACCUGGCUGGGUGCAGCUCCUCCACAAGGGACGGCUGCGUUUGUUGAGACCUUACUGGAUAUUUGUCUUAUGGGUGGGAGAGAUGGAACACACACUUCUGGAGACCCCCGACCGGGCCCCUGCUAACAGAAUGAGAACCAAAGGGGGCAGCCAGCUUCGUAGGGGUGAGGGGUAAACCUUAAGGAACAAAUGUGGAGCUGGGUUUAAACUAAGACUCUGAAAUAAAUGAGCAGAACGGCUAAGAGUUGUAGUCCUCGAGGGCUGCCAGCACCAUGCCUCCUUUGAAAUCCAGCCUCAGCCAGCGCCUAGAAAGUGUUUCAGUCUUGAAGAUGGAAGACAUCCUGACGUCACAUGACCCACUUCUCAUAUUUGACUGAUCUGGAUCACACACGAAUGGUUUUGGCAGAGUCACCUACAGCACUCGAGGGAGCAGGCUGUCCUUUGAAGAAGCUCUCAUCCGUAGCCACGGUCAGGGUCCUACAGUCCGUCAUCCAACACAACAAAUGGGCUCCUGCAUGUUCCGUCUUUCCACAUAACCCAAGUGAUGCUGGCUUUAGUACCUCAAAGGAAUUCCCUGGUUUCCCUGUGCACUCUCGCCUGAAGCCGUGUAGACCAGGCCCCACUCCAGGCAGAAGAUGAGUGUACAAGGACAUGGCAGCCAAAAGGGAGAGGCAAAGCACCCGGAUGGUCCCGCAGAUCUCUAGGAAGUGAGACUCCGAAGCCCGGUGCGCU